AAACACCACAGCUGAGCGCACACACUUCCUGUUUUAGUUUGAAAGACACUUCCUGUUCUGCUGAGACCACGUGAUUUACAGUAAGACUUCAGAGUGAGAGUGAAGCAGGAAGCUCCAACACUUUGAUGAGAGACGACUGAGAGCUGCUGGGACCAACAGGUAAGAACCAACGAACUGAAGGGAGGACAUCAGCUCAGAGCAGCUUCUCUCUGACGUCUUUCUGUCUCCAACACAGGAAACAUCUCAACACAAACCUCCUGGACAUGGACCCAAGACCAAGAAGAAGAAGAAAUAGCAAAGACCUGCCACCAAAUUUCUCUGAACUAAUGAACAAACUGACUGAAGCUGCAGCUUCAUUCAUCAAACAGUUUGACAACAAUGAACCACAGAUGUGGCAGAUUAUUAGAAAGAUGAGGACGAUCUCUGAAAGACUGAAACAGAUGCAGGAGACGAAGGACAGAGACAGAAGGAUCGGUGCUCGUGUUAUUGCUGGUGCUGUAUUAACUGGGGUCGGGAUCCUGGCUGCUCCAUUUACUGGAGGGUUGAGUUUCGCUGCUGCUGUUGUUGGAGCUGCUGCUGUUGGUGAAGGAGGAGGUGCACGUGUUGUCUACAGAAACAUCAUAAAACAAAAACGAGAGAAGGAAAGUGUGCAGAAGGUAGAAGAUCUGGGAGAAGAACUGAAGAAGAUCAUUGAACCACUGAAAGAGACUCUGCAGGAAAUAAAGACGACAUGUGAACAACUGGAACAAAAAUCAGCUGAAGCUCGAACUGAAAUCACUCUGAGAGACGUGGAGGAGUUUAAGGAGAUGCUCAGACGAGUUCCUGACCUAAAGGAGACGAGUGGAGAAGUUUUGGAUGUAACUGUGAUGAUGAUCCAGAUGAUCAGAGAUCUGCUGGCAGUGAUCGUGGCUGUGUUCACAUUCACUUCGACUCCUGAAAAGGAUCAGAAGUUAAGAGACGCCAUCAUCCAGUCAGCUGAUCAGAGUGAGAAGGUCCUGAAUGACUUUAAGAGGAUGAAGGAGGCUCUCAGAGAAUUUACAGGAAGAGACGGAGCUGCAGUUACAACAUCCAGAGCAUCGACUUAAACCUUUCACCAGGUCAUGUUCAUUCCUGUAACUCAGCAAACACAUUACACCAGUUAUUCUGAGAUUUACAGGGGCCAUGAACACAACACAGACCCUGUUCAUAUUUGCAGUGUUUUUCAUGUGUUGUUGAUGCUGGUUCAUCUUUGUGUCUGCAUUGGUUCAGUCCGUAUAUUGUUAUGUCAUUUAAUUGUGUCAUAACCUGGUUGUGUCUGAUAUGAGUCAAGUUUUGCUUAGUUGAACCCUUUGAAAGUUUCUCUUUUGAGUUUGUUUUGUACUAAAUAAAGCCUUUAGGUUUUAAA